AUGGUUCGAAAUACUACUUUUUUAAUAAACAAACUUGUGAAGAAUAAUUCGCAUCGUCUGCUUGUCGAGUGCGCUCAGUCAACAAUGCUCGACAUCGACUUUGGCACCUAUCCCUACGUCACUGCUUCAAAUUCCUCUGUCGGUGGUGUGUGUACUGGACUUGGACUGCCACCGUCUUCUAUUGGCAAUGUUUAUGGAGUCGCCAAAGGUAUUGCUAUCACCCUAGCUGAUUGCCUUCCUUACACUCUUUAA